UCUUGAGCCUGAACCAUCUCUAUUUGCAAGAUCAACUCUCUCUCCCCCCCUAUGAACAUGCCUUCGAUUUCGUCACGCAUUUUUCUUUAACGUACGCAUCCCCCGCGCAGGAUAUGGAGGAGCACUCUUUUGUAUCCAAAGCGAAGACUGCCUUCCAUUCUGCAGCUGCUAAAGCGGAGCGCGUCUUCACGGACCUCAAAUUGGAUUUGGAAGAAUCGCCUAAGGAAUCAAAGAAACAAUUUGAAGAGGAAUCCCCUAAAAGCGAUAAUGACCCGAAGGACAAACAUAAAGGAAAGCAUUUAGAUUGGAGACCUGCACAUAUAGGGACAAAGAAGGAUUGGCAGGAUAAGUUGAAGAAUUUUAAAAUAGGGAAAAGAGGAGUUGAAGAUACCGAGAAGGUUGAAAAUCCAAACAUGGCUGUUCUAGUUUAUGAUGAAAAUCUAUACUUGCUGAACAUGAAAAACGAUCUUGAAGCAAAGGGUUCACAAGUAGUUGCUGUACUAGAACAAUUAAAUGGUACCAGGAUGGAUACCAUUCCUCCAAUGCCUGUCAUAAAGCAAUUGGCUAUAGCCAUUGAUGCUGGAAAAAAGUUUAAGUCAAUGAAAGAUCUUUUGGCAUCAACUGCGAAUUCAUCACCUGUUAGAGAGAGAGCAGGCUUGAGCCUUGCUGCAGUGAAGUCUCUUCUGACUCGUGACAAGGAGGAUAAGCUUACACAAGAGUUUGAUCGUGAUGAAAAAGUCCUAUCUCUGAUUCAUUUGUUGUUUGAUGCAGAGGGAAACUUUCUCAAACGGAAGCUUGACUCUGGUUCUGGUGAUUUUACAACUACCUCAUCUUUCCCAAGGGAUAUUCACGGUGCACCUCCUGAGAGUUUUGUUGUUAAGCUAGCCGAAGUUACAGGGAGCUUCAAAACCCUGCAUAAAAUGGCACUAUUUUGGUGUAAAAUUGUUGCUGAACUAAGGAGGCUUUGGUCUGAAGGGCAGCAUAUACCUGGCAUCCCUUUAGAUGGAAUUCCAGAUCUAAAUUCCUGUCUUCUAUAUCAGCAAUUGCAAGUUUUCAAUUGCUGUGUUUCCAGGGAUAGGCGACGUGCUCUUGCCACUGAAACCUUAGACUGUGUAGUGAAUGAAGCCAAUUCAAGUUCUGAAGAAUCUGCUGCAAUCCCGCUCUUGUAUGCUAGGAUUAGCACUGGAGAACUUGUUCUCCGACUAGGAGCUGAUCGUCCUGCCGAUGAUUUAGCAAUGCUGGAGACUGGCGAACCUGUAUACUGCCCCAUUACACAGGAGGGGCCUUUACUUACUGAAGACCUUAUUAGAGAAAACGAGGAAUUUGUGCUUCGAACUGGGAGUGUUGGAGCUGGGUGCUCUCAACUUCUCUCUGAUAUGCAGGCCUUCAAGGCUGCAAAUCCUGGCUGUAUUUUAGAAGAUUUUGUCAGAUGGCAUUCUCCCCCUGACUGGACGGAAAGUGAGGCAAGUAACGGGGGCGAUGACUUCUUUGAUGGAGGUGAUGCAUCAUCUACAAGAGGUCAACUAAGUAGACGAAUGCAGAAAGAAGGUAACUUGUGGAUUGAACUAUGGGAAACUGCAAAACCAGUUCCAGCUUUUAAACAGGCUCCCCUCUUUGACGAGGAUUUAGCAGUGGAAGGUAUUUUGAAUCACUUAGAGGACAUUACCCCUGCUGAGCUUUUUGAACAACUGUUUGUUUCUUUGCUCGGUUUGGGAUUCGUAAUGGCUGAGGCUAAUCUUCCCAGAAACAAUGAUUUGUCAAAGCUGUUUUAUGAAUGCAAAGACUUUGUCAUCGCCAUUUGCCAGGGCCGUAGCUGGAGUGAGAGAGUGGAUGAUCUUUCCCGGGUGUAUGAGACGGUGGAGAAAAUGUUGCUUAAUCCAGAGGAGCUCCUAAAGACCAUGAAGCAGGCAGAGGAAACCACAUUAAACAUCGGUGAACCAAAACGUAUGUUUAAGAAACUCAACCUGAAUUUCAUAUCCAAGGAUAGAAACGCGAGAAAACAAAAGGAUGAGAAGCAUUCAGUAGAGAGCCCUACUCGCCAACCGUUCUCUAAUUUCUUUGAUGGCAAGUCAUCUUUGUUUUCGAAGAAACCUCCUAAGCCAGAAAGUUCAUCCCCAGAUGACAAAACUCCUUGUCCGGACGAUAGCGAAUGGACAAUCGUUUGAUUGUAUACUUACACCCUUCUUUUUGAAUGUCUUUUGUUAAGCAGCAUAAUUUAUUAUGCAGUAAAUUGUAAAUUACUGGAAACAUUUUUAUUCAAUAGAAAUGAGGAAAUGAAAAUUUUUUCCUCAUAUUUGGAA